UACGGAUCGAAGAGUCGACACAGCAUUGGAUUCUGGGCUAUGGAUCCAGAAGGUGGGUCGCGGCGGAGUUGCAGCGAAAUGGGUCUUGUGGUUUGCCGGCGCCGUGGGGAUCUGAAGCUAUCAAAUUUCGCAGGCGACGACUUCUACUUGGGAGAAAGCUUGCUAGUUGAAAUCCUCGUCAGGCUUCCCAGGCGAGCGGCUACCCAGUUGAAAUUGGUAUGCAAGAGGUGGUGUUUCCUUAUAUCUUCAGAUUAUUUUAUUCGCUUCUACAUUCACCGGCAGCACAGCCACCCAACUCUUCAACCGCCAAAUUCGUUUAGUCUUGCGAACUAGUUUUCCUGCUUAAAUGUGGAUUUCAGUUUUCUUCCCCAACCCAAUGUUGUUGUGAGAGCAUUGUUUGCGGAUUUAGUUCUAUGCUCUUCGGAGACCUACUCCUGUGAUUUUCCAGGAUGCAGCAGAUUGCUGUUUUAUGUAUUAACCUUCUAACUAAGCAAUGGAUUGCUCUUCCUCCUGCCCCACUUGUGGUCGAAAAAGGGCUGGAACCCGUAAUCGGAUUCCUGGUUGUCCCCUCCCCGUGUUCGCUUUGCCAGAGCAAUGGAUUGCCUCAAUCUGCAGCAGCAACAGACAAUUCUCACUAUAAAUUUAUGGUGGUGCGCAUUAUUGUGGUUCAAACUAAGCUAACUGUUUACCAGUUCAAUGUCCAUGUGUUUUCAUCCGAGGGAGGUCGAUGGGCAGAGCAUAAUGGGGUGUCAUUCCCACGACCCUCUAUGGAGGACUUUCUGGUGUACGAUGAUGGGCUUGUGACGCAUAAAGGGAUGCUCCAUUGACAGGCUUCUCGAUCUGUUUUGGCCCCUUCAAUGCUCCUAAAAUAUGUGUUUGUGCCAUCGAUAACCCCCCCCCCCCCCCCCCCCCCGAGUUGUUUUUAAAGUUCCACAAUUGUAUCCUUGGGGUAAGCCGGGAUCGUCUAUGUUUGGGAGGAUAUUGUAUUUUGAGACCUCAAGCAUAUCCUGAUUUAAAAGACAUUGAGAUUGUUAUGUUCCAAUUGGAGGACUACCACCCUAGUAGUAUUACUUGUACUAGUAGUAGUAAAUGGAGUUUUGUGCUCAAGCUUUCCAUUGAUGAGCUAAAUUGGCGUAGAGGGAAUCCACAUCCUCCUGACAUUAUAUGUUUCCACCCUGAUGGGAAUGUAGUAUAUAUGAAGAACGGCCACUCUAUAUUCAGUUUGAACUUGCAAAGUGGAGAAGUGAUCUACGAGACGGCGUUACUUGACAACAAACUACCAGUUGGGAGAUAUUUUCAUUGGAACAAUGUCACUCAUUUUUCCAAACACUCAUGGCCAACACCAAUGUCGCUAAAUAUGAGUGGGAUGUUUGUACUUAGAUUGAUAUUUACUUGUCUGGUCUGUUUGGUCUGUCUAAGUCUAAUUUGUUUGAGUCUGGUCUUGUAUGGUUUAAGUAAAAACAUCCUUAGGGGUGUCCCCAAUAUGGAUUUUAAUAGAAUUUCGAAUUCCAUCAGAACUUAGGUGUUUCCGAUUUGGAUUUCUGUGGAAUCUAUAAAAAUCAAGAUGAUCUCAGACGUUUGGAUUUCUAUUUUUACUUAUUUAGAUGGAUUUUAAUAGAUUCCGGUGGAUUUCCUUUUAUUACUUUCAUCCUAGUGACUGAGCUUUAUUAUUGUUUAGUUGAGUACGAACCUAAAUUUAUUAUCUGCUAUUGAUUUGGUCCAAUUUAAAUAAGUCCCGGACGUUUUGUAUUUAUAUCAUCCCUAUGAAAUUUCUUUUUCAUUACAUCAUAGGGUAUUAGGGUUUAUGGUUUGUUUCGACUUUGC